AUGAACGUGGUCCUUCUGGCCGUGAGGUGGCUGUGCUUGGUUUGGGCCGUGGCAUGGCCUGUAACCAUGGUGACAGGGAUCCGUAACCCAGGACGAUGGAGGCACAAAGAUGUUUAUGUGGGGAAGAACAGACACCGAGGGUAGGAGGACACAUACUGUGGGCACGCAUGCAUCAGGGUUGGGGUCAAUUCCUUUUGAAUUCCAGUCAAUUCAGAAAGUACACUGAAAUUCAAAUUCUCUCCAAUGUUUUUAAAUUAGGAAAAUGUGGAAUUGUAAUUGGGUUUACUCUCUGAAUUGAAAUGGAAUUGACCCCAACCCUGGCAUGCACACACAUCACUCCCAUAACCCUGUAAACCCCAUACAUCCAUAACCCUAUACAUCCUGUAAUUCAGUGGUUCUCAAACCUCUCCUGGGGACACACAACCGUUCCAUCUAUUUUAUCUAUUCAGGGCUACAACAAAAUUGUGAAAUGUCUGGCGGUCCCGAGGAGAGGUUUGAGAACCAUUGCUGUAAUUUAUCCAUUGUUCUUACUCCCUGACCUGGGUUUCCCCUUGGCUUCCAGCUAUAUCAGUCUUCAUCAAGUUAUGUAGUGCCGGCCCAGAAGGAAUCAAGAGACAUCUUGCUCAACUAUCGCAGUGUGUUGGGGUGUUUGUGUUUUAUAUAAUGUGUGUUGUCCUUCCAGGCGUAUAGACCAUAAACUGACAAGGCAGGACAGCACCAAGUCUCUACUCAUUAAGACUGAACAGCUGCUGAGGAUCGAGGAGCACGACUUCGCUAUGAGACCUGGCUUUGGAGGUCAGAAACACACGUCCACCAUACACAGGAAACACUAAAACUAAUCCAAUCAGUCAUUCUCUGUCCCCCUUUGAUGAUGCGUACGAUGGCUGUGCUAUGAGAGGAUCUGCAGGCCACUGGGUUAUCCCCUUGUCCAUAUUGAGCUACAUCGUCUGCCAGAGACCCAGACAGACAAACAUUUUCGGAACAGAGGUUCAGAGAGGAUUCCAACCAGUUCAGGAUGAUUUGAGCCUUGGCGGUAGAAAUAUAUUGUAGAGCCAUGUUGACAGUAUAAAUAUAUUGUGGACAAUAUACAGUAUAGAGUAGUAGAGCAGUGGUCACCAACCCUGAUCCUGGAGGGCUAUAUGUUGUGCAGGUUUUAGUUCCAGCCCAGGUUUCAAUACACCUGAUUCAGUUAGUGAAUAGUCUUGACCGUAGCCUGUACACCCUGCAGCUUUCCAGGACCAGGGUUGUAGACCACCAGAGAACAGCCCUGAUCAUCAUCAGUGUGAUGUUGUGUGUGGUCGUAGCAGGAAUUUGAGGGUGUUUGUAUUUGUUUCUCUGGUUUGGUGGUUUGGGUCGCGGUGAGGAGCUCCGCCGGUCCUGACGAUAUGUGUGUGUUCUCAGGUGCAGCCAUCCCUGUAGGCAUUGAUGUUCAGGUGGAGAGCAUCGACAGCAUUUCAGAGGUCAACAUGGUAUGAGCCUGUGUACCUUUGGUGUAUAAUCUAUACACGUGUCUGUGUGUAUUUAAUCAUGAGUGUAUGUUCUGCUCAGGACUUCACCAUGACCCUGUACUUGCGUCACUACUGGAAGGAUGAGCGGCUGGCGUUUCCAUCUCGUAGCAACGUGAGCAGGACGUUUGACGGGCGUCUGGUGAAGAAGAUGUGGGUUCCUGACGUGUUCUUCGUCCACUCCAAGAGGUCCUUCAUCCACGACACCACCAUGGAGAACAUCAUGAUCAGGGUCUAUCCUGAUGGAAGCAUACUCUACAGCGUCAGGUAGAGCAUCAGUGUGUGUGUUACUAUAUGUAGGUGUACUGUAUUUUAUCUAUUGGCAUAUGAUUAUUAUGUGGUUGUUAUAGGAUCACAGUGACUGCUCUCUGCUCCAUGGACUUCAGCAGCUUCCCUCUGGACACACAGAACUGUUCACUGGAACUAGAGAGCUGUGAGUCACACACACACAUCACGCACCAGCACACACACAUAUUUACCUAAAUAUACCUGCACCCGCACUAACAAUCUGAUUGCUGAUUGAUUGGUUACAAAAAUAGACACCAAACUCUCUCUCUCUCCCCCUCCUCCCUCUCUCCAUCCCCCUUCCUAGAUGCGUAUAAUGAGAAUGAUCUGAUGUUGUAUUGGAAGAAUGGCAACGACUCUCUGAGGACAGAUGAGAUGGUUCUCUCUCAGUUCUUCAUCAAGAAGUUCCACCCUUCCAGCGGCCUCGCCUUCUACAGCAGCACAGGUCUGUCUGGAUAUUUGUGUGUGUGUUCUGCGUUCCAUGUGUCUCAUCUCUUGUACCAUUUAGAUCAGGGGUACUCAACUACUAUUUGAGAAGGUCCGGUCACACAAAUUUCCUCGGUGGCAAAGAUCCAGAUGGAUAUUGUCAUUUAUCGGCGUGGUAACAAACCCCCACCCAGUUUUAAAGCUAAUUUCCUGCAAUACUACACAUUUUGCCAUGUCUUAUGUGUGUUCAUAUGAUGCCUGAGUGACUCAACAAAAUCAAUGGGGGCCCCUGGGGGUCGAGGCCCUUGGGCACGUAAUCUGGCCAUGAUAAAUACAAUAUUUAGAUAGCUGGUUAGCCUAACGUACCUAUCUAGCUAGCAUGGGCUAGAUGAUCAACUGGACAUUUGACAGGUUAUAAAUAGGGCUUUCAGUGAAUGACAUAACAAGAGGAAAACUGCUCAUGCACUACCAAAUUUCGAAAUUGCACCUUGUGCAUUACAGUGCCUUCAGAAAGUAUUCACACCCCUUGACUUUUUCCACGUUUUGUUGUGUUACAGCCUGAAUUUAAAAUGGAUUAAAUUGAGAUGUUGUGUCACUGGCCUACACACAAUACACCAUAAUGUCAAAGUGGAAUGAUGUUUUUCAAAACGUUUACAAAUUCAUUAAAAACGAAAAGCUGAAAUGUCUUGAGUCAAUAAGUAUUCAACCCCUUUGUUAUGGUAAGACUAAAUAAGUUCAGCAGUAAAAAUGUGCUUAACAAGUCACAUAAUAAGUUGAAUGGACUUACUCUAAUAGUAGUGUUUAACAUGAUUUUUGAAUGACUACCUAAUCUCUGUACCCCACACAUACAAUUAUCUGUAAGGUCCCUCAGUCGAGCAGUGAAUUUCAAACACAGAUUCAACCACAAAGACCAGGGAAGUUUUCCAAUGCCUUGCAAAGAAGGGCACCUAUUGGUAGAUGGGUACCAAAAAAAAGCAGACAUUGAAUAUCCCUUUGAGCAUGGUGAAGUUAUCAAUUACACUUUGGAUGGUGUAUCAAUACACCCAGUCACUACAAAGAUACAGGCAUCCUUCCUGACUCAGUUGCCGGAGAGAAAGGAAACUGCUCAGGGAUUUAUUUCACCAUGAGGCCAAUGGUGACUUUAAAACAGUUACAGAGUUGAAUGGCUGUGAUAAUAGAAAACUGAGGAUGGAUCAACAACAUUGUAGUUACUCCACAAUACUAACCUAAAUGACAGAGUGAAAAGAAGGAAGCCUGUACAGAAUAAAAAUAUUCCAAAACAUGCAUCCUGUUUUGGAAUAAGGCACUAAAGUAAAACUGCAAAGAACUGAACUUUAUGUCCUGAAUAAAAAGUGUUAUGUUUGGGGCAAAUCCAACAGAACAUAUCACUAAUUACCACUCUUCAUAUUUUCAAGCAUGGUGGUGGCUGCAUCAUGUUAUGGGUAUGCUUGUCAUCUGCAAGGACUAGGGAUUUUUUGGGGAUAAAAAUAAAUGGAAUAGAGCUAAGCACAGGCAAAAUCCUAGAGGAAAACCUGGUUCAGUCUGCUUUCCAAUGGACACUGGGAGAUGAAUUCACCUUUCAGCAGGACAAUAACCUAAAACACUAGUGCAAAUAUAUACUGGAGUUUGUUACUAAGACAACAUUGAAUGUUCCUGAGUGGCCUAGUUACAGUUUUGACUUAAAUCGGCUUGAAAAUCUAUGGCAAGACUUAAAAAUGGCUGUCUCUAACAAUGAUCAACAACCAACUUGACAGAGCUUGAAGAAUUUUUUAAAGGAUCAUGUGCAAAUAUUGUCCAAUCCCGAUGUGCAAAGCUCUUAGAGACUUAUCCAGAAAGACUCACAGCUGUAAUCGCUGCCAAAGGUGAUUCUAACAUGUAUUGACUCAGGGGUGUGAAUACUUAUGUAAAUGAGAUAUUUCUGUAUUUCCUUUUCAAUCAAUUUGCAAACAUUUCUAAAAACUUGCUUUCGCUUUGUCAUUAUUGGGUAUUGUGUGUAGAUGGGUGAGAAAACAAAUAUAUUUAUUCCAUUUUGAAUUCAGGCUGUAACACAACAAAAUGUGGAAUAAGUCAAGGGGUAUGAAUACUUUCUGAAGGCACUGAAUACUAUUACAAUUCUCAAUAGCAUUAAGUUGAAAGUCCGACUGAGUUCCCCAAUUUUCAGGACCCGCGGUCCAUAUUGACCCCAUUUCUGGGUCCGGAUCCAGUUGAGCAUGGUCCGCCAGUUGAGCAUGGCUGAUUUAGACCAAUAUAUUGUAGGCUUCUUUUAGAAAAAAAUAUGUAUGGCAUUUAGUCUAAACUUUUUUGUCUCACUCUCUCACCCUCUCCCUUUCUUUCUCUCUUUCUCUCCCCCUCUCUCAACCCAUCACCUUUCCUUUCUCUCCCCCUCUCUCAACCCAUCACCUUUCCUUUCUCUCUCUCUCUCCCCCUCUCUCAACCCAUCACCUUUCCUUUCUCUCUCUCUCUCCAGGUUGGUAUAACAGGUUGUAUAUAAACUUCAUCCUGAGGAGACAUAUCUUCUUCUUCAUGCUGCAGACAUAUUUCCCCACCAUGCUGAUGGUGCUACUGUCCUGGGUCUCCUUCUGGAUCGACAGGAGGGCUGUGCCUGCACGUGUCUCCCUGGGUAAACACAAACACACACACCUGGAAACACACCCCUGAAAACACCUUGCUACAGACACACCCAAGUUCACAUGAUUAUACUUCUACAUAAAAUACAUACCAUAGGUAAUACGCACACUCCUCUCCCUUUAGAGCUCUACAGCCCUAACACGCCUGCCGUCCUCUCCCUUUAGAGCUCUACAGUCCUAACACGCCUGCCGUCCUCUCCCUUUAGAGCUCUACAGCCCUAACACGCCUGCCGUCCUCUCCCUUUAGAGCUCUACAGCCCUAACACGCCUGCCGUCCUCUCCCUUUAGAGCUCUACAGCCCUAGCACGCCUGCCGUCCUCUCCCUUUAGAGCUCUACAGCCCUAACACGCCUGCCGUCCUCUCCCUUCAGGUAUCACUACAGUACUGACCAUGUCCACCAUCAUCACUGGGGUGUCCUCCUCCAUGCCACAGGUAAGUGACUUAGUGUGUGGGUGGUUGGGUGAGGAACUAGCAAGUUUUCUUGAGUGUUUAACUCUUACUCUGUGUGUGUGUUCCAGGUGUCCUAUGUGAAGGCGGUGGACAUCUACCUGUGGACCAGCUUCCUGUUUGUGUUCCUGUCAGUUAUAGAAUACGCUGCUGUCAACUACUGCUCUACGCUGGAGGAGAUGAGACGACUGAAGAGAGGAGAGGUCAGAGGUCAUCCAUAUUAUACCUGGAAAAGAGAGCGCCUGUCCCUGACAGGAUAUUUGUUGAGUAUUCUCUCUGCACAACACUGCUCUCUAGUGGCCAGAUAGAGAAAGGAUAACUUCAAGAAAUCAUCACAUUAGUUUAUCUCCUAGUCUCCAUUUUCAAUGUGUAUACAUCUAUAGAUACACAGUAUAUCUAUAUGGAGAUGUAUUUAUAUAUAUGUGUGUGUGUGUGUGUGUGUCUGUAUGUCCCCCCAUUCAGCUCCCAACCUUGUACAACGCCAACAAAGCCAUGAUCUUCGACGGCUGUUUCCAUAACAGUGACAUUGAGCUGACCCCGUUCCCCCGUCUGCCGACCUCCAUGACCUCCAACCAUCACAGGACUCCACUCCAGAACCCUGAGGACCCGCCCACCGAGGGGACACGUCUCCGCCGGCAACGGUCGGUGCGGGAGAACGUGGACCUGCUACUUAGCAACAGCUACUUGAUCGACUCGUACUCCCGUAUGGCCUUCCCUCUGUCCUACCUCCUAUUCAAUACCAUCUACUGGAGUAUGUACUCCUCCUAA